GUUCCACACUGCUCACUUAACUAGACUUACCCGGAACAUAUCGGCCACCGCUGUAUCUGUCACCCGCUGAUGUUGACAUAGGCUUUUUUUCUCCAACUCGUCAUCUCAAAGAGGCAUCCAGAGAGCCUCUGGCGCCGAUUGUAGAAAUGUUUGAGACUAUGGAAGACUUGGUGCUAUCACCAACGGAGGCUGAGGUGUCUGAGCUUCCAGGGUUGGAAACUAGCCAACGGCGUGACUCUAUGCGAAGCAGGUUUUAAAAUCAAGUUGAAGAACAAUGUUAAGGGCAUUGCUGAUAGCUCCAUAGUUAUAGCGUCGUCUCAGACGUAGAGAUGGCUCGUCACGAGGUUUUUGAUGGGCCCAUUUCAGAGAGCAUUCCGUCAAGUGUCGUAUCUUUCUCCCAUCGUCGCAAUCGAAAGGAUUCAACCGUCAGUUUUACGUACUUUCGAGAUGAGGAGGACUUUGUCGAGUGGCCAGAUGAAGAUGCCGUGGAUGCAGAAAGUGAAGUCGGUAAUUUGGCCGUGGGUGGCUUUAGCCCUACAAAUGGGUCUGUCGCAUCGUCCCUCAGAUCAAAAAGACCGUCGUAUUCCAGGGGUUCUGUUGAGGAUCCUCUUCUCCCUAGGCGGCAUCUUUCUGCUGGUUCUUACGUCCAGGACCGAAGAGUUGAUAGUCGGCUCAACCAAAAAGUCCACAUUGAAUCGGAGGAUCUCACCCUUGUUAUCGCUGGCUUUUCAACAACAAUCACUGGCUCCGUAAUUUACUCCGUGCUUUGUGCACUGUCUCUUGGUUUUGCUUAUCUUGUUUUUCGAUGGUUCCCGAGAUGGCGGGUACGAUUGAUAGGGAAACCCACGCCACUUCGCAUCUGUCAAUGGGUCGCUAUUGAGGACCAAUGGAAUCAAUUCAACGUAUACCAAGUUUGCGACCAAGCAUAUGGGCGUUCUCUUUCUAGCGUUUUUGCAGACUUAGAGACUCAUUUUGCUGACGAAGAAAGUGACCUCACGAUCUCCUUCCUACGAUACAUCGACUACAGAUACCUCCGUUUCUUUUACCAUCCCUUGGAAGACAAAUUUUGCCUUAUAAGUGGUUGGAAAGAUCCUUUGUGGACAAAUGCGAAAGUGAUGCGAAGCGGACUAGAUGCUGACGAUCGUGAUAGCCGAGAGCAAGUCUUUGGCAAAAACCUUGUUGAUAUUCAGCAGAAACCAAUGUUUCGACUUCUCAUGGAUGAGGCCUUCCACCCAUUUUAUGUCUUCCAGCUUGCCAGCCUAAUUCUUUGGUCCUUGGACGAGUAUUACUAUUACGCUGUUUGUAUUUUCCUUAUCUCUGUCUUCAGCAUUGGUGCAACAGUAAUUGAGACCAAGUCGACUAUGACUCGCCUAAGGGAAAUUUCCUUGUUUGAGUGUGAUAUUCGUGUGCUCCGAAAUGGCUUCUGGAGGUCUGUCCCUUCUAGAGAACUAGUUCCAGGGGAUGUCUUCGAAUUCUCCGAUCCAUCACUUAAUCAAGUCCCUUGCGACUGUAUAUUACUCUCGGGGGACUGUAUUGUGAACGAAAGCAUGCUCACAGGUGAAUCUGUUCCCGUUUCCAAAACCCCAUUAAUAGACGAUGCACUCAAGUAUCUCAAUCUCAAUACCCCCUCGGUUCAUCCAAACAUAGCAAAACACUUUCUUUUCGGUGGAACGAAAGUCAUUCGAGCACGGCGCCCUCAAAAUGUUGAUGAUGACGACGCCAUUGCUUUAGCAAUUGUCGUCAGAACGGGCUUUCUGACAACCAAAGGCGCGCUGGUUCGCUCUAUGCUUUUCCCAAAACCUUCUGGUUUCAAGUUUUAUCGAGAUUCAUUCCGAUAUAUAUCGGUUAUGGCUGUGGUCGCCCUUGUGGGAUUUGUGGCCUCCUUUUUUAAUUUUAUUCGGCUAGGCCUUUCCUGGCAUUUAAUCAUUGUCAGAGCACUUGAUUUGAUAACAAUCAUUGUGCCACCUGCUUUACCUGCUACGCUGACGAUUGGUACAAACUUUGCCCUCUCGCGACUGAAAAAUAACAAAAUAUUUUGCAUCAGCCCGCAAAGGGUAAAUGUGGGAGGAAAGUUAGAUGUUAUAUGUUUCGAUAAAACCGGGACCUUAACAGAGGAUGGGUUGGAUGUUCUUGGGGUGCGGACAGUAAAUCAAAAUAUGGGGUUAUCAGACCUACUAUCGGAUGUGACCCUAGGGCCGCCCGCGUUUUCUGCAUCUGAUACAUCUCAGAACCUCAGGAAACGUAAUACUAUAAUUCACGUCAUGGCAACCUGUCACUCGUUGAGAGUUGUGGACGACGAGCUCCUGGGGGAUCCUCUCGAUGUGAAAAUGUUUCAGUUCACCGGCUGGUCUUACCAGGAAGGCGGCAGCCAUGGUCCUGAACGGCCAGACUCAAAGUUCGAAACAAUAAUGCCCUCUGUUGCAAGGCCACCUACCAUUUCACAAACCCCCCGCGAAGAUAAUUCAACUAACCAGGCACCUCUCGAACUCGGUAUAUUAAGGAGUUUUGAAUUUGUCUCUCAGCUUCGACGUGCGAGCGUGGUUGUAAGACAAUUUGGUGAUAGUGGCGCCAGUAUAUUCGUCAAGGGCGCGCCAGAAAGCGUCAAAACCAUAUGUCUUCAAGAAAGCCUACCUCAUGACUUCGAAGAUUUGUUGAACCAAUACACCCACAAGGGCUAUCGAGUCAUUGCCUGCGCUGCUAAAUAUGAGCAGAAGUUGAGCUGGAUGAAAGUGCAAAAAAUGACUCGUGCAGAUGCAGAAAGCAAUUUGGAAUUCAUUGGCUUUAUUAUAUUUGAAAACAAGCUGAAGCCGAAAACUACAGAGACGAUCGCUGAACUUAACCAAGCAGGAAUACGGAAUGUUAUGUGUACAGGUGAUAAUAUACUUACUGCAAUUAGUGUCGCCCGUGAGUGUGGGUUGGUCAGCGAAGAUGAGCAAUGCUUUAUACCGCAUUUUGUAGAAGGCUACCCCCAUGACCCGACAGCAUCGCUUUGCUGGGAGCAUAUAGACAAUCCAGCAUUGAAGCUUGAUCCAAACACAUUGAUGCCUUCUGUGGCAUCAACAGAGCUAGAUUUAUCUGUACCAGUCAAUGUUUGCAAUAUGCACAAUUUUACGCUUGCAGUCAGUGGCGAUAUAUUCAGAUGGAUUUUAGACUUUGGCGAUGAGAUUAUAGUGAAACGAAUGCUGGUGCGCACUAAAGUGUUCGCUAGAAUGUCACCUGAUGAAAAGCAUGAGCUUGUUGAAAAGCUUCAGUCACUUGAUUAUUGUUGUGGUUUCUGUGGCGAUGGUGCUAAUGAUUGUGGCGCGUUAAAAGCCGCAGAUGUUGGAAUAUCUCUAUCUGAUGCUGAAGCAUCCGUGGCUGCUCCAUUCACUAGCCGUCAAUUCGAUGUCUCUUGUGUGCCAAUCUUAAUUAGGGAAGGGAGAGCUGCCCUGGUCACAAGCUUUUGUUGCUUUAAGUAUAUGAGCCUUUACUCAGCAAUCCAGUUUUCUACAGUCAGUUUUCUGUAUACAUCGGCAUCAAACCUAGGUGACUUUCAAUUUCUUUUCAUUGAUUUGGUUCUCAUAUUACCAAUCGCAAUAUUUAUGGGAUGGACUGGCCCUUAUCCUAUACUCUCCCGAAAACGCCCAACUGCCGAUCUUGUCUCACGAAAAGUCCUAACACCAUUACUCGGCCAAAUCAUAAUUUGUGUACUGGUUCAACUUGUGGCCUAUAAAGCCGUUCAGUCGCAGCCAUGGUUCAAAGCCCCCGAGAUUGACUUGGAUAAUAGCAACAUCGAGAAUUCUGAAAAUACCGCCCUAUUCUUGGUCUCAUGCUUCCAAUACACGUUAGCAAGCAUUGUUCUCAGCGUAGGACCUCCAUUCAGGAAGCCUAUGAGAUCGAAUGGAGUCUUCAUUUCCGUGGUCAUGGUGGAUUUGAUAAUCUCAUGCUAUAUGCUUUUCAAACCCCCAAGGUGGGUGAUGGAAGUUAUGCAGUUGACAUUUAUCUCGGGGGAUUUUGCUAGUUCGCUGUUUGCACUUGCCAUGGGCAGCUUUGCCUUCUCCUGGUUAGCGGAACGUGCACUUUUCCCCAGGCUUGCUCGGGCCUUAGGACGUGCAUAUAUCCUCUUUUGGCCAGGCCACGGCAAGAAGCGCCGCCAACACAAAGUGCUACUCAAGGAAAUGCAGGUGUAAAUAGGCACAGGUGUGAAGACAAUAGGACCAUAGAAUUAUAUACCUCUAGCGACCACGCAAAGCGCUUGCCACAUCGUAUGCCAAUAUCUCCCUAUAGCCGUUUCUCUAUCUGCAUUGGACAAACACCACCAAGAGAAUUGUGAAGUUGUAGAAUAUUGUUCAGGUAACAGGUAGAUUUCAUGUGCGGGCCUGUUUAAAUAAAGAUAUCACCAAAUUACCAUGGCUAAGUUGAUUCACUAAUCGUAGUAGCUUAGAACAAAGUUGAAACACAGUGUGCUUGUUUCUGUAAUUGGAUUUAUUUGGAGUAUUCAAUGUUCCCAAGGAUGCUUCCAACCCAGUAAAGCAGGACCGUCCUUUUUAGCUCGGUACAUUAGCUGGACACCAAUGAAUAUAGUUAGCUACAUUUAUUAAAGGGACUCUGAGAUAAAUCACAUACAAAAAACCACAUGCUGGCGCCCAAAGCCGUGGCUGUAAAGCGAUAGAGAGGUCGUGCUGGAUGUAUAUGGAUAGGGUGAUUCGCAGCCAUGUUUUCGGAAUAAGAUUCGAAUAUCUCUAUCACCUCAAUGAAUAUAGGAGGGCAGAUAUGAAUAAAGGAAGACGAAAGUCAUUACGGAGUUG